AAAUCAAAUUAUUUAAUAUUUUAUUGGUUAAAAAGGCUCUGACCCCUCCGACCUUGGGAGAUGGUUACAGUAGCUCGUUAGCUCGUCUCCUUGUUGUUGUUCAUCGCUCUCCCUCAGACUCGCUUAAGAAAGCAAGCUGCUUUGAUCUAUCUUCCUCGUCUCGUUUCCAAUUAUUUGCUUGGUAGCUAUCUAGCUUAUUAAAUGGGUUCAUCUGAGAAGAGAUCAAAGGAUGUCGUCAUGAGUGACAUACCAACCUUCAGUGCUGAGAAUUUUCAGAAGAACCUCAAAGUCAUUCAGAACAGCCGGACCUUUCUGUCUAUUAUUGCUGGAGUCCUUGCAGGAAUAAUCGGAUUCACUGGCUUGACCGGCUUUCUGUUUUACUUUGUGGUGAUGCUGAUCACAUCACUUGGGCUCAUGGCCAAGGCAGGCUUCUCAGCUGACGUGUACUUUGAUUCAUGGAACCGGGUCCUUUUUGAUGGCUUCCUUGGUGGCCUUAUGUCCUUUGUGCUCUUCUGGACAUUUGCUUACGACUUGGUGCACAUUUUCUGAGGGAUCUUCCGCCACCAAACGAGGAUGGUGGAAACAAGAAGUUACGUAGUUUGUGAGUUUGGUUUUUGCAGCCUCUCUUAAGCAACUUUAUAGAUUGGACAAUGUGUUUCUGUCUCCCUUUUGUUAACAACAGAUUAUGAAACUGUCUUGCUUUUAUUGUUUCCAACUCACUUGAGAUUACUUCAGCUAUGAAGCUUUUUGAUUCUCAAU